CCCAGGGCAGAUUCUCUUAUUUUCCCAGUCUGGGUGUCUUUGGAUCCCUUGCCUCUGCACCUCAUUGACUACCAGGCACUAUUCUCUAUUGCUUCUCUGCUGGGUCGACCUGUUAAAAUGGAUGAUUACACUGUUAAUAGAGAUAGAAGGGAGGGUGCUAGAAUAUGCAUUGAACUUGAUUUAUCAGUCUCACCUCCACCAAAGCUUCAUAUCAGAAUGGGGGGCAAAGAUUUCUUUACCAACUGUACGUAUGAGGAUAAGCCACUUUUCUGCAAUCUCUGCUCACUCCUGGGUCAUAAGGAAAGCCAACAUAAUCAUGCUCAAAAAUAUCAAGAUACCGGAAAUCUUCCCUCCGGCAAGGUUUCAGGGGGCACUGCCAAAGGGAAUGGUGAACAAUGGCAAACGGUCAAAAACAAGAAGACAAAAUUACAACUCCAGUCACAAGCAGACAGAACGAAUGGGAAAACACUGCAACAUGGGCCCAAAAAAUUUGAGUGGAAAGUUAAAAACACUACACUCCAUCCUAAUAGGUUUUCCCCUCUAAACCUGAUGGAUAACACUGUCACACAGUUGGGCCCAACUAUAAUGGAUCCCAUACAGCAAGAGUCCCUAUCCUGUCAACUCUUGGAUUUACAACCCCUGGUCAGUACCUCCCCAGGAGAAAAAUCCUCCUCCUUUUUUCCCUCCCUCCAGGAAGCAAAGGAGUAUUUCUACAGGAAAACAACCUACUUGAAGGAUACGCCACAUCAGGUGAAAGCUGAUAGGAAAAAUACACCUUUUAUGGGGUCAACAUACUCAUUGGAUGACUGUCUUCAUAAUCUUUCCCCUGAAAAAGGCUUAGCAAUGUUAGUGGAAGAACUUCAACAUUCCACCCAAACAGAAGAGGAAGAAAAUCAUACAGAGAUGGUCAGGCACUCAGAUGAUGAAGAAGUUGAAUAUGUUAGAGACUCAUCAGAGCUAAAGCCACAAAGCUUUAAAAUACCAGAAGCUAAUGCCAUUCCAAUCUCUGCCCCUAGGAGGAAGAAAAACAAGAAGGAAGGACCCUUAAUGACAAUUGUUACAAGAAGCCAUAAGGGCCAUAAAGACUUUAAUAAAUAUUAUGCUUCUUCAAAUAACAAAAUAUGGGUCUUCUGGUCAGAUAUUCAUCUUACCUUAUUUAAUAUUGAGGAGGAUGUUCAGUGGGUCAACUGUGAUCUUAUGGACACCAUCACAAAGGAAAAUCUUAGAAUUACAACUGUCUAUGGGAGACAUACUGGUCAGGAAAGGAGGGAAUUAUGGGCUGGACUUGUCAAGCUCAUCCCUAUGAGUAAAUGGAUUGUGGGGGGAGACUUCAACACAGUUGCAGACUACUCAGAGCAUGAUGGCAAAAAUCAUCCCAACGCUAGAGACAUGGAGGAAUUCAAAGCUUGCAUCAGCUCUUGUGGUCUCACUACUCCCCACACUAUAGGCUCCUUGUUUACUUGGUCGGGUAAUAGAAGUAAUGGCAGGGUCAUGAGGAGACUUGAUAGGGUUUUGGUCAACAACAAGAUGCUGGAGGAAUUUGAAGAUAUCUCUAUCAUGCAUCUUAGCAAAACAUCCUCAGAUCAUAAACCCUUACUCCUCCAGUGUAAGAAGGAACCUUUGGGAGGCCCUAAGCCAUUCAGAUUUCUAGAUGCCUGGCUAAACCAUCCAACUUUCCUUAAAGUGGUUACAGACUCCUGGGAUAAAACUAAUCAACAUGGAGGCAUGGAAGGACUGGCAAGAAAACUCAAAGAGCUUAAAGGACAUAUCAUGGACUGGAACACCAAAACAUUUGGUAAUAUUUUCAGUAAUUUAAAGGGGGCAGAGCAAACAGCCAUUCAAGCACAGGAAAAUUUUGAAAAAGAUCCUAGUCCUGCAAAUAGAGAACAGGAGAAUAAAGCUAAAGCUCAACUAAUCCUAGCUAUAGAUUAUGAACUCAGCUACUGGAAGCAAAAAGCCAAUAUCAAGUGGAUGGAGGAUGGAGAUUGUAACUCCAAGUUUUUCCAUGCAUUUGUCAAGGGUAGGAGAGCUAAAAAUCAAAUCAGAAGGAUUGUGGACAGCCAAGGGAAAGAGCACACAGAUAGAGAGGUUAUUCAUAAUAUGGCUAUUGACUACUACAACAAUCUCUUCAACUCUAAGAAAGAUAUUGUUACUACUCCUGUUCUUGAUUACCUGGAGACAGUGAUUACACAAGAGGACAAUGACAAGCUCAGCAAAAUACCAACAGCAGAGGAGAUUAGGGAGGCAGUGUGGAGUAUUAAUCCUAACAGUGCUCCUGGCCCGGAUGGGUUCAAUGGAUCCUUCUUUAGGGAAGCAUGGCAUAUUAUUCAAAAUGAUGUGAUAAGUGCUACACAGGAGUUUUUCAUUGGGAUCAAUCUGCCAAAGAGUUAUGGUAGUACUUUUCUAUCCUUGAUCCCUAAGAUUGAUAAUCCUAAGAGCUUUGGAGACUAUAGGCCCAUUUCACUCUCCACCUUCAUGAGUAAAGUAAACACUAGAAUACUUGUUGACAGAAUUCAACAGUUGCUACCCAAGAUUAUUUCUUCAGAGCAGACUGGCUUCCAAACAGGGAUGGGGGUUGACGAACAAAUACUUUUGGUGGAAGAGAUGGUUCACAAGAUUGAUUCUAAGAUCAGAGGAGGCAAUGUCAUUAUCAAAUUAGAUAUGGCCAAGUCUUUUGACAACUUGGAGUGGGACUACAUACAGGGGAUCUUAAAGAAACUUGGGUUUUCAGAACACAAUCAGGGACUUCUCCUAGCUAACCUCAGGGGUACACACAUCUCCAUAAUGAUUAAUGGGAGCCCUAAAGCGGUAGCAAAGACGGUGACUAGCAGCCUACUCCCUUGCCGGAAGAACCUUAGCAGCGGCAGCAGUAAGGAGAACAGGGCAGUAGUCUCCCUUCCGGCGAACUGUGGCGAAACAAUGGAGCUUCAAUUCUUCCUGGCAUUAGAGCACUGGACAAACAACGCUGAUGUUCUCUGGCUUGCCACGGCCCGGUAUCAAGAUGACGGGCACCAAGGCAAGGUGCCCAUCGAUCUUUUGAGGAUUUUGAGCCGUUCACCGAAGUGGCAACAACUCAACAAUUCCGACGGCGGAUCGUCAAAGAAAAGAUCCUCCGUCGACACUGAGGUUGAGGUCGAUGACACUAUCGGUUCGUCCGAACAAAGGCCUCCCUUCAACGUUGCGGAUUCCGAUGAUGAGGACCCCAUUCCACGGCCGAUCAGAAGAAAGAAGGAAAAAUCCAUUGCCUCGGGUUCUGGAGGGUCCGGCUCUGUUUCCGUUUCUUCUCACGACGAUAUCGUUCAGGCAAUGGUUGUUGUGGCCUCUGUGGACGUUGAGAUGCAUCGGUCAUUCGCUCGCUCUGUGCAGAUGGCAAACAACAACACAAACAACCUCGCCCUGCGUUCCAUUCUGGAUAAAGAUAAAUUGAACGGAACAAACUUUGUUGACUGGAAACGCAAUCUCUCCAUUAUUCUCUGCAUGGAUGAGAAAGAGUAUGUGCUCGAAAAGCCCAUUCCUCCUGUCCCUCCCGCUAACGCCCCGAAAGCGGUCAAAGAUGCCUACGAGAAACACCACGAGGACAUGAAGGCCCACGAGAUGAUCGUGGCCUUGCGGCAGCUAUACCAGGGGCAAUCCAGGCAUGAACGUUUUCUCGUGAGUAAGGCUCUCUUUAGUUGCAAGCUCUCUUCAGGGAACCCGGUCGGUCCACAUGUUCUCAAAAUGAUUGGUUACAUAACCAAUUUGGAGACACUCGGGUUCUCCUUGCAGAAGGAGCUGGCAACGGACCUGAUCCUACAGUCGCUCCCUGAGCUGUAUAAGGGUUUUGUCAUGAACUACAUGAUGCAUGAUCUUGACAAACCCCUUCCGGAGCUUCUUAAAAUGCUCCAGACUGCAGAGGAGAACCUUACUAACGGCAAGGGUGCUUCCGUCCUUAUGGUCCAAGGCGGAAAGGGGAAGCCGAAGAAGGGGAUUAAGAUUAAGGCUAGGACCGUCGGAAAGCCUAAAUCGAAGUCCACUUCAUCUGCAACCCAGAAACCCGUAGGAGGAGUUGCAAAGGGCAAAUGUCAUCACUGUGGUAAGGCAGGCCACUGGAGAAGAAACUGCAAGACAUACCUCGCAACCAAGAAGAAGGAAGGUACGACCAUUUCUUCUGAGGUGUAUGUUAUAGAAGUUAACAUGUCUAUAUCUUCAUCAUGGGUACUAGAUACUGGAUGUGGGUCUCAUAUCUAUACUACCAUGCAGGGACUGAAGUAGAGUAGACGAUUAGCUUGAGGCGAGAUUGAACUCCGAGUCGGCAAUGGUGCACCUGUUGCAGCUUUGGCAAUCGGAACUUAUAGUUUAGUCUUGCCUAGUGGUCUAAUGUUGGAAUUAAACGAUUGCUUGUACGUUCCUGCAAUUAGCAGAAACAUUAUUUCUGUUUCAUGUCUUGAUAAGAGUGGUUUCAUCAUUUCUAUUAAAGACAAGUCCCUUUCCGUUUACAGAAAGAAUGUUUUCUA